AUGCUACAACUCACCGCCGACCAACACAACCGCCUCGUCCAGACGGAGCGCGUCAUCUUGAUAGCCACAGGCACCAACGAGCAAGUUAUCAUCAACAAGGGAUUCCUCGCCCUCCAUUCCACCUUCUUCGCCCAAGUCGUCGAUAAACCCAGCGCAGUCGGUGAAGACGGCCAAGCCACUUUCGAGGUCGACUCCGCCGCGACCGCCAUCAAAGUCUUCGUCCGCUGGUGUUACGAAGGCCACUUCCGCCCCAUCAAUGUCGCCACCGCGGGUGAGGCCCAGCUCAAUCAGCGCAAGAUGCUGCUUAUCGACCUUUGGAUCUUUGGCGAGAAAUACGGCAUCCCCGCCAUUCAGAACGAGGCGAUCGAGCACCUUGCACAAGUCCUCACAACCCAUCCCCAUCUCCUCACCCGAGAAGACGUCGAAUACAUCCUCACCCGAACCCCCGUCGAACAAGAAUCCAACCCGCUAAAACACCUCCUCGUCAUAACCAUCAUCUUCCUCCUAGAAGUCGGCGCAAAAGGUUCCAACGCAGACGCAGGCUUGAAGGCGUAUGAGCAGUGCGCGCAAGGGUUCCCGGGGUUCAUGUCGUUGAUGCUGAAGUGGCAGCGGGCGUGGUUGAUUGUGAAUACGAGUGGGAAGAGUCGUGCGAGUGUGGAGAGGUUGGGGGAGUUUGUGGCGAGGGAGGGGGUGGAGAGGUAUUUGGUUGUGGAGGAGGGGGAGGUGGAGGAGUGGGUGCGUAGGAAGUAUGGGUUGGGUGAGGAGAGGGAGGUGGAGGUGGAGGUGGAGGUUAUUGUGAUUGAUGAUGAUUGA